AUGAUGUCAGUACCGCUCCGUACUAAAAACAUAAUUCUGCUAGCUCAAAGAGCAAAACUACUUCCCAACUAUACGCUCAAAUCACAAUUCAUACGGUCAUCUCACACCAUACGCCACCAUCUCCACACAUCAUCAACAUUCCAAAACCUAUUUGGUGGAGGAUCAUCCACAUCUAAAUCACUUCGAGGUAAAUUAAGUUCGGACCCAGAACAACUACUUAAACCACUGGCCAAAACUCAAGUAUCAUCAAAUCCAGCUGACAUUUUAACUCAAAAUGAUAUCUUGAUGUAUUCAACCAAACCCCAGAACUAUAUUGAGAGUAUUAAGCUGAAUGGAUUCCAUUUGGCCAAUAAUUAUUUCAUCCUGUCGCCUGAUUCUAAUGGUGAUUUGAUUGGUUUGUGUUUAUUAGGAUCAGAAACAUUUGAAGUGAAAUUAACCAACAUGAAGAAGCAUAAGAUCGAGGAAAAAGGACUGGGGGACAAUUUCUCCAUUGAAAAUCACAUCGUUACUUUUCAUGAAUCUAUCCUACAGAUUUUUGCCAAGAUUCACCCAAAACCGGAAUUGGUUGUUGUUGGACUAGGUAAAACUAGUCGAUUAUUAAAUCAUGAAAAUCGGAAAUGGUUUAGUGCAAUGGGCAUUCAAUUGGAAAUUAGUGAUUCAACUAAUGCAGGACAAAUUUAUGAUUUAUUGAGUACUGAGAGACCUGGUGUUAUUGGUGCGUUGCUAUUGCCUCCAAAUUUGUGA